UUCACCUCGGGUGUCCGCACUUGUCUCGGAUUAAACGUCACGGAAGCUCAGUCGCGAGACGAGCACGCGACGUGUCGUCUGCUACCUCGACCAAUCCACACGACUCGCGUCUCCUCUCUUCUGACAUUAAUGAGCACGGAACUACUUCUAGUCACACUGAUACUCCGUAUGUUAUCUGGAACUUAUCGUCCAAACGUAAGGUGAAUCAUUAAACAGUAAUGGAUUCUACAGAUUCGGAAGGAAACGAGGUUUUUCAGGAGAAGAUAAAGGUUCCCAAACAUCUGAUAGAGAAGAAAAGACGUGCAAGAAUUAACAACUGCCUCGGAGAACUUAAAAAACUUGUCAUUGAAAAGGAUUUCUUAAAGGGUCACAGGAGCUCAAAGUUGGAGAAAGCCGAUAUUCUUGAGCUUACGGUGGAGUACCUCAAAAGAAAAGCAAAACCACCAUAUCCUGUUGCAGUUGAUGGGAACACCAGUGACGUUCAAACUAGACUAUACAAAAGAGGAUACAGGGAGUGUCUUGAACAAGUCUCUCGGCACCUUAAAACUACAGGCAUUGAGCAAUCUGUUAGUAAUUCUCUACUUGCAGAAUUGGAAACUGUUGCUCAAAAAGUUAUUUCCAAAGACAGUAGAAUGAAGGGGACAAAUAUAACGUCGUCGUAUGCCGAGACACACUCUCACACCAGCGUUCCGAAACAUUCAGCACAAUCGGAUGGUCCGCAUCAUCAUCUGAAAUGCGUGGCUUCAACAACAGAAACCCAUUUGGCCACGUCUACCAAUAGCCCAAAAGAACAAUCACAUCAGAACUUUAAAAUUUCACCAAAAGCCAAGGAGGAAAUCGACCAAAAAUGGCAAAUGGCACCAUGUAAUGUUUAUAAUUCAACUAGUUUGAUGACAGAUGUAUCAAGACUGCCUUCAGCUUCAAUGGUAACAGAUGUAUCAAGACUGCCUUCAGCUUCAAUGGUAACAGAUGUAUCAAGACUGCCUUCAGCUUCAAUGGUAACAGAUGUAUCAAGACUGCCUUCAGCUUCAAUGGUAACAGAUGUAUCAAGACUGCCUUCAGCUUCAAUGGUAACAGAUGUAUCAAGAUUGCCUUCAGCUUCAAUGGUAACAGAUGUAUCAAGAUUGCCUUCAGCUUCAAUCAAAUCACCAAGAGAACAAAUGGUCCACGUCGACACACACGAUGUGCCGUCAAUGUGUCCUGUGUUUGGGGGUCUUCAGAGUCUGACAGUAUUAGUUCCUUGUCAAGUGCUUGCCUCUGCGAUCCCUCAAAUUAAUACUACCCAGCAUCAGACUUUGGGCCACAUUUGCGAACACGCUGAGUUGAGAUCUCUUGGGCACCAUCCUGGCUACUCAAAUGCUUUUAGUGUCAAUGCAAGUUGCGUUAGCGUGAAUACACAAAGUAACACUAGAGACAUUGCUGAUGUUCCGUUGAAGGAUAAAUAUGGUUGUCCAUUCGAAAGUAUUCCACUCCAGUCGCCAUGGAGGCCAUGGUAACUAGAUGUGAUAUCCAGAUGAAAAAUUCAAUAACCUAUAUCACAUACAUACGUUAUUAAUGUAGACUCAUAUGAAAUAAUACAAAUAUGCAAAA